AUGACAAUGGCUGAACAAUGGAAAAAAAGUAAAACAAUAGGGAUCAUUGGACUUGGUGAUAUGGGACUCAUGUAUGCUCGUAUCUUUUCCCAAAAUGGUUGGAAAGUAGUUUGUUGUGAUAAAGAUAUUUAUUUUGAGGAAUUGAAAACAAAAUAUCAAGAUGAAGAUUUUGAAGUCCUAUUGAAUGGUCAUUAUGUCUCACGUAUUAGUGAUUAUAUCAUUUAUUCGGUGGAAACAGAAUUCAUCGAUGAGAUUGUUAAAUUAUAUGGUCCCUCUACAAAACAAUUUGCCAUUGUGGGUGGUCAGACAAGUUGUAAGACUCCAGAGAUUAAAGCUUUUGAAGCUCAUCUUCCAUUAGAUGUAGAUAUUAUUUCAGUCCAUUCAUUACAUGGGCCUAAUGUGAAUCCGACAGGACAACCUCUGGUAAUCAUUGAUCAUCGUUCUAGUAGAAAGGACUCAUUGUCUUUUAUUAAAUCAUUAAUGUCAUGUUUAAAUAGUAAAAUUGUGGAAUUAUCAUAUGAAGAACAUGAUAAAAUCACUGCAGAUACACAGGCAAUGACACAUGCUGCCUUUCUUUCCAUGGGGUCAGCUUGGUCUAAGUUGAAGGUUUAUCCCUGGACAAUGGGCCCCAAUAAAUGGAAUGGUGGGUUAGAAAAUGUAAAAGUCAAUAUUUCAAUGAGAAUUUACUCAAAUAAAUGGCAUGUUUAUGCAGGAUUAGCUAUAUUAAACCCAAGUGCACAUAAACAAAUUGUUCAAUAUUCAACGAGUGCUACUGAAUUAUUUACAUUGAUGUUAGAUAAGAAAAAUCAAGAAUUAACUGAUCGUUUAUUAAAGGCUAAGGAAUUUGUAUUCAAUUCACCAUCUUCGAUAAGCCAUUCUAAAUUGCUAUUAGAUGAUUCUAUCUUAGAAAAAUUCUCUCUUUCCACAAUACACGAUGAUCGUGCUAAAAAUAUGGCAGAAUAUAUGGGUGAUGAAGAUAUGAUUAGACCCAACAGCCAUCUAUCGUUAUUAGCCAUAGUGGAUUCUUGGUAUCAAUUGGGGAUCAACCCAUACGAUCAUAUGAUUUGUUCCACCCCUCUGUUUAGAAUCUUCUUGGGUGUUUCAGAAUAUCUAUUCCUUAAAAAUGAUUUAUUUUCAGCUACGAUAGAUGCUGCUAUAAAUGACCAUUCAUUUAGAAGAGAUGAUUUAGAGUUUGUACUUGCUGCAAGAGAAUGGUCUACAAUCGUCACUUUUGAAAAUUUCAACUUAUAUAAAAAACAAUUUGAAUUGGUCCAAGAUUUUUUCAAACCAAUGUUACCAGAAGCUAAUAAGAUUGGUAAUGAUAUGAUCAAAUGCAUUUUAGAAGGUUCCAAAUAG